AAGCCAGGGCUGCCGCUCGCCUGGGACCGGGGCGCCAGACCUCCCGUAGGCAGGGCGCUCUCCCCUGCGCACGAUGACAUCACGUGGCCGGGGCUGAGUCGCUCCAUAAAAGCAGCCCGCGGGGAGCCAAGGACCCAAAGAACAGACGUGCUGGCCACGGCGCCCGAGCUGCGCGCCCGCGAUCCCAGUGCGCGCCCCGCCGACCAGAGCGCCGCGAGCAGAGCUGAAGGAGCGCGGCCGCCGGCAGCCCGCGCCGCCCCGCAGGAGCCGCCGAAGAUGCCCCACCGCAGCCUGCACGCGGCGGCCGUCCUCCUGCUGCUGCUCUUAAAGGAGCAGCCUUCCAGCCCAGCGCCACUCAACGGAUCCAAGUGGACCUACUUUGGUCCUGAUGGGGAGAAGAGCUGGUCUGAGAAGUACCCAUCGUGUGGGGGCCUGCUGCAGUCCCCGAUAGAUCUGCACAGUGGCAUCCUCCAGUACGACGCCAGCCUCGUGCCCCUUGGGUUCCAAGGCUAUAACGUGUCUGCCCAUGAGCAGUUUGUCCUGACCAAUAAUGGCCAUUCAGUGAGGAUGAACCUGCCCCCAGGCCUGCACAUCCGGGGCCUCCAGUCCCGCUACAGCGCCACGCAGCUGCACCUGCACUGGGGGGACCAGAGCGACCCCCACGGCUCUGAGCACACUGUUGGCGGGAAGCAUUUCGCUGCAGAGCUGCAUAUUGUCCAUUAUAACUCGGACCUGUACUCCAAUGCCAGCGCUGCCAGUAACAAGUCAGAAGGCCUCGCUGUCCUCGCUGUUCUCAUAGAGAUGGGCUCCUUCAGUCCAUCCUAUGACAAUAUCUUCAGUCAUCUUCAAGAUGUGAAGUACAAAGGCCAAGAAGUCCUCAUUCCAGGUUUUAGCAUUGAAGAGCUGCUUCCUGAGAAGCCUGCCGAGUACUACCGCUACAAAGGGUCUCUGACCACACCUCCCUGCCACCCCACUGUGCUCUGGACUGUGUUCCGGAACCCUGUGCAAAUUUCCAAAGAGCAGCUGCUGGCUUUGGAGACAGCUCUGUACUGCACACAAAUGGAUGACCCGUCCCCCAGGGAAAUGGUCAACAACUUUCGGCAGGUCCAGAAGUUUGAUGAGAGGCUGGUGUAUGUCUCCUUCCGGCAAGGGCAAGACCUUACGUACACAGGACUGAGUCUGGGCAUCAUCCUUGCAGUGGCUCUGGCUGGCAUUCUUGGUGUCUGUAUUGUCCUGGCAGUUACCAUUUGGCUUUUCAGAAGGAAGAAGAGCAAAAAAGAUGACAGCAAGGGAGUCAUUUACAAACCUGCCAUCAAGACGGAGACCGAGGCCCAUGCCUGAGGCCCCCACACUCCUAGGCACGUCCUGGGAAGAACUUUGCCUUGGACACUACACACUGUGGGGCCCUGGACACUUGAAAUUGCUGAGGGUUCUCUGGAGCUCAACCUGAGAACACCUAGGCCCUUGUGUGGGGUCUCCAGCUGGGCACCCCACAUUCUGAUGCCAUGGCCAUCUGCAGUGUGAUCGGGGAGGGGGAGAGCUCUCCGUGAGACAGGAAUUCCAAGCUUCCUCUGUGUGAGGCCAUGAGGUGGUCUGGAUUGUGGGGGCACAAGCCAUAUCACCCACUGGGGGCUGUCAUUGGUCGGAAAACCUUUUCAUCCAGGGGUUCACUUGACUGUGGGUUCAAGUGUCCUGGAAAUUCUGCCUCUUGUCCAAGCUUUCACACCAGAAUGUAUACUCUCUGCUUAGGUUUUGCUUUUGAUACACAGUUUCUUUCCUCAGGGAAGGGGGGUUGUCUUUCUAUGAUUUCCUUCUGCUAUCAGGAAACGGAGUCUGCCCUUAGGAACCUUAACAAUGUUUAGUCUGACCUUAACAACUGGGAUUGGCAGUGGGGCGGGGGAGAUUGAUACAGGAGGGUCAAAGUGUCAGGGACAAAACAAAAACAAGAGAUAUUCUUUUAAAUAGAGUACAGGCCUUUUCAAAGUCCUGUUCUUUGGAUCAGAUGCACUGAGUGGACCUUAGGGAAUGAGAGUCUCACUUUGGAAUUAGAAUUGGAAUCAGAAGGUGUCAAACCAUAUGUGUGAGAAGGACAGAUUAAAUCCGAGCCCAACGUCCGGUCAGCGGGGCAGUUAUGUUUUGUACUCCAUAGAUUUUAUAAUUAGGCUGUUCCUUGAAAAUGGACUGUUGCUUUCUCUCUCCUAGAGUAGACAUGAGUUCUGAGACGACCCAAACUGCUUUUGAAGCUAGAGGAAAUGGGCAGAAGCGAAAUAAUUGAAGUUUGUCUCUUUUGCCCAAAAUUCACUGCUGCCACCUUUGUGGUGUCCCUACCGUCAACCUGGAUGGAACUUACCUCCUUCUCUGACUUUGAGGAUGUCGAGUUGUGGUUGAGUGAACAAAUAUUUUCAAGCUAUAAAAGCAGGAAGUUAUCUGUGCAGGGGCUGGCAUUGUGGUAUUAAGCCCAGUAAUAAUGGAAUGUUACAAAGAUUUUUCACAGUCUUCCUCCCAACUCACAAAGACGAGAAAUCCUGUGAGAAGCCUUAAGGCCUCCAUUCUCCUUCCACAGACGUAGGAGCCCCGUGGAGGUCAGUUAGCUCCAUGGCUGGAAAGGAGCCUCCUCUGCCACCACGGCCAGCCCCUCACCACUCGCAGUGGACUUCCUAACUCCCGGCAUCAGAUCGGCAGCAUGGACUGUCCCCCUGAAGCACAGAUUUCUUUAUAACAUCUUUUUCUUGCUGCUCCUCCCUCUGAGGCGGCUUCCUUCUCUCGGCACAGCUCUUUGUGGUGAUGGCAAGCCUAUGUCUUCACAGCUGAGAUGCGAGGCUGAGUUACAGAGGACCUCCUGGAGUCUGGACAUGUGUGUGGGCCUGAGAACUCGGGUGGCCGUGGAGCCUAGGGUGGCGUCCUGGCCUCGCCGUUAGCACACCCGGUGCUGAUCAAAUGACAGCAGGGCCAAUGUUCACGACUAGGCAAGGUGAAUUAGGCGAUGCUCUCGGCCUCGGCCCAAAGUUGCCAAUCAGAAACUGCAUAAACUAUUCUAGAGCUGUAGUACUGUCUUCCAAAAAGCGUUCUACACCUCUGAUGGACAGUUUUGUGAGAACAGAGAGCGCAUUUUACCUGGCACAAUGGCUGUUUAUAAAAAAGGGGUCGAACUAGGUGGUGAAAACAAUGGCGUUUCUCCCGCCCGUCUUUCCGUCAGCACAGCUCAGGCGCUUGGCCCUCACAGCUGAGCCAGGACAACACCAGGGAGGCAGGCAGGAGGCUCUAAGCAUCCACACUGCCAGCUCCUUGCUGAUCUUCAUGGGGCUCUUCAGGACCCAGCUCUGGAAUUCAGCAGCUCUUCCUCAGGUCCUCACUCACUCCGCCGACAGCAUCUCCUCCUAAGGGACGCUGGGGCUGAGGUGUGUGCCCUCCUCUGCCGCACCCUCACCCCGAAGGGCCCGGGCACUGUGCUGGGUGUGCGGCAGGGGCGGGUAAGAUGAGGCCCGGGCUGGGGGAGGGCAUGGGGAAGGCUCUGGCUUCUUUGCUUCUCACUAAUGGAGACCUUGAGUCUGUUCUGUUUCUUUAGCAUCGUCUGGUAAAAAUAGUAAAAACCUUUACCUGCUUCCUCAGUAGACAUUCUAGGAUUGCUGUAGUAUUAUUUGGCUAUUACAGCUAUUAUUUUCAUUUCAAGUUCAGACCUUAAAUUGGUCUCCCACUCACUAACCUCUCAGAAGGCUCCUGCCUGGCCCUCGGGGAGCACCAGGGUCUACAGCACCCCUCAGACCCUGUGCCUCUGACGGACCAUGUGCCCCUGUGAUGACAGUCCAUUUAGCAUGUUUAGUAUUUAUUGUAAGAAUGAUUGUAACAAAGAUAUAUUCUGUAAAUAUGAGAAAUUAUAAAUAAAAUGUUUUUCACAUCAGA